UUCCCCGGGACCCUGGGCCCGUGACCCCCGACCCCUGGACCCGGGGCCCGCGACCCCCGCCUGCAGCCAUCAUCUGCUCCGCCGACGUCCGUUCAGGCCUGGCUUGGGUUCCUGGCGCCGGGCAGGCGUGCAGGAGGAAGAGGCUCUUCGGGAAGGAGGGUCCACGUCUUGGAGAUGCCGCCCGGCAAAGUCCUGCAGCCCGUCCUCAAGAUGAAGGUGGACGAGCUGUUCCUGUGCUGGCUCAGCGAGUCCAGCACGCAGACGAUGCUCCAGGACUGUCUGCAGAGGAUCAAGAUGCCCGGGAGGACGGAGACGGGUGGUGGGGACGCAGGGCAGCCCGGGCCCCCGCUAGCGGCCGCAGCCUCCGCCUGCAAGCCCGCUGCGUUUGAUAGCCUGGGGGCGCCCAGCCCGGCCCCCGCGUCCACCGCGCUCCCGCUGGGAGCCGCCACUAGUCCCAGGACCGGGCCACCCGUGCGAGGGACUCGCAGAUCCGCAGGGACGCGAGUAGUAAGUUUUGCUUCACUUCUGCUAAGUCGGGUGCGUGGCGACCUGGGGCUCAGGGCUCAGCCACAACAGCUCCGGCCGGAGUGGCUCCUGCCUGCAUGGCCAGGGGCCUGUGGGGAGGAGCGGAGCCCGGCCGCCUCCCCCACCCUGCAGCCAUGUGCCCUCCUCAGCCUGUGGAAUGCGCCCGGCCCAGGGCCGGCCCCCAGAGCGCCCGGCCGGCCACGCAUGGAGCGCGCUGAGCCGGGCCACCCAGACUGUCCCGCCGGGCCCAGCUGCCACCGCGAGCCUGCCGGCCCCGGCCCGGCCCAGCCCCGAGAGCGCGAGCGCGAGCACAGUGCCUGGCCUGGCCCCCGGCGGCCCAUGCGGCCCGACAUGCGGCUCCGGGAGCUGUCCCUGCGCCAGGACCCGGAUCUCAGGCAGGAGCUCGCCUCUCUGGCCCGCGGCUGUGACUUCGUGCUGCCCUCCCGCUUUAAGAAGAGGCUCCAGGCCUUCCAGCAGGUCCAGAAUGUGGCGCUCUUGGAAGAGGAAGCAGACAUCAAUCAGCUGACAGAGUACUUCUCCUACGAGCACUUCUAUGUCAUUUACUGCAAGUUCUGGGAGCUGGACACGGACCACGACCUGCUCAUCGAUUCCCAGGACCUGGCCCGGCACAACGACCACGCUGUGUCCACCAAGAUGAUCGAGAGGAUAUUCUCAGGGGCGGUGACGAGGGGCAGGAAAGUGCAGAAGGAAGGAAGAAUAAGCUACGCUGACUUUGUCUGGUUUUUGAUUUCUGAAGAGGACAAAAAAACUCCCACCAGCAUCGAGUAUUGGUUCCGCUGCAUGGACCUGGAUGGGGACGGCGCGCUGUCCAUGUUUGAACUGGAGUACUUCUAUGAGGAGCAGUGCCGCAGGCUGGACAGCAUGGCCAUCGAGGCCCUGCCCUUCGAGGACUGCCUCUGCCAGAUGCUGGACCUGGUGAAGCCGCAGAACGAAGGGAAAAUCACGCUCCAUGACCUGAAGAAGUGUAAACUCGCCAACGUGUUCUUCGAUACCUUCUUCAACAUCGAGAAAUACCUCGACCACGAGCAGAAGGAACAGGUCUCCCUGCUCAGGGAGAGUGAGAGCGAAGGCCCUGAGCUGUCCGACUGGGAGAAGUACGCCGCCGAGGAGUACGACAUCCUGGUGGCCGAGGAGGCUGCGGGAGAGCCCUGGGAGGACGGGUACGAAGCCGAGCUCAGCCCUGUGGACCAGAAGCUGAGCUCCCUGAGGUCUCCGCUGGCCCAGAGGCCCUUCUUUGAGGCGCCGUCCAGCCUGGGCACUGUCGAGCUGUACGAGUAUGCGUGUGAGGACGAGGACCUGCAGCCCUCGUGACCCGCGCCCAGGUCUGGAUGCAGAGCCGCCGCCCUCGUGUAAAGAACAAAGCUGUUUGAUCGUUGAGCUGUCUGUUCUAGAAAAUGAAGCGAUUUGUAUGGGAUGAUAAAUUUUUAUUUAUUCAACACGGAAGCUGGUCAGGUGGUCAUUGAGCGUGUGUCCCCGCCUGCCCGGGACCCCUGGCUGGGAGAGGAGACACGCCGGCCCCACCGUCUAGCUCUUGAGUGCAGGCGUCUGGAGACACCCCACACGGCCGACCGGCCGCUCGCAGGGGAGCCACGUUCUGCUCCAGAGCAUGGGCCUCGGGCGUGAGCCGCGCAGACUUCCGGGGCUUGGAUGGCCCGGUGUUGUUCUCACGUCGUCGGUCAGGAACAUUCCAGGGGCCCCGGCGCCACGGUGGCCCCAGGACCUUCUGUCCACAGGAGCGUCUCCAGGUGCCGCCCCAGCUGCAGCCCUGCACGCGGGGUUUGGGAGGGAGCACCCCCUCGAGCGUACUUACGUUUUCAUGUAAAUGUACAAAAGGUGUAAAGUUAACUUUUACUUGGUGUGUAUAGCAGUUUAAAAAUGU